AGAGAGAGAGAGGCAGUGGUGGUCGGUUUUAUUGGAGUGUUGUGUGAAGAACCACACCCACCUUGGUCAGUUUCAUUUUCAUUUUGGGGUUUUGAGACAACUCAGUGAUGCUCAAUGUGCUUCACUUCUAAUUGAAACUGCACUACUGGCUUGUUUCUGUAGUGUGGUUCCUCUCUGUGUUUGUGUGAGAAAGAGAGAGAGAAAAAGAGCCCUGCUUUGAUUUUGAGCCGUUGGGUCUUUUGAUUUGCAAAAUGGGUUCUGCUCAGUUUAGCAGAGGGAGGUCUAGGGUAGCUCUACCAGUGCUGGUUUGCUUAUGGGGGUUGUUGUUCAUCUCUCUAUGCUGUGAGGCCAGAUUGACUGCUUCAUCAAAACAGAAGCUUGAGGUCCAGAAGCACCUCAACCGUUUGAACAAGCCUGCUGUGAAAAGCAUCAAGAGCCCGGAUGGUGAUAUAAUAGACUGUGUUCACAUCUCUCAGCAACCUGCUUUUGAUCACCCUUUCCUCAAAGACCACAAAAUUCAGAUGAGGCCUAACUACCACCCAGAAGGCUUGUUUCAAGAAAACAAAGUAGCUGAAAAACCGAAAGAAAAGCCAAACACCCAGCUGUGGCAUGUGAAUGGUAGAUGCCCUGAAGAUACCAUACCCGUGAGGAGGACGAAGAAAGAUGAUAUUCUCAGAGCAAGCUCAGUCAAAAGAUAUGGGAGGAAGAAGCAGAAAACCAUUCCAAAAUCUGCAGAUCCUGAUCUUGUCAAUGAGAGUGGUCAUCAGCAUGCAAUUGCCUAUGUAAAUGGAGACAAGUAUUAUGGAGCAAAAGCAACCAUCAAUGUCUGGGAGCCCAAGAUUCAACAGCCUAAUGAGUUCAGCUUGUCUCAGCUUUGGAUAUUAGGAGGGUCUUUUGGUGAAGACCUGAACAGCAUUGAAGCUGGUUGGCAGGUCAGCCCAGACCUCUAUGGUGACAACAACACCAGACUGUUUACCUAUUGGACUAGUGAUGCAUAUCAAGCCACUGGUUGCUACAACCUUCUGUGCUCAGGGUUUAUUCAGAUCAACAGUGAAAUAGCAAUGGGUGCAAGCAUCUCUCCUGUGUCAAGCUUCCGGACUUCCCAAUAUGAUAUCAGUAUACUUGUGUGGAAGGAUCCAAAGGAGGGGCAUUGGUGGAUGCAGUUUGGCAAUGACUAUGUGUUGGGAUAUUGGCCUUCUUUCCUGUUCUCCUACUUGGCCGACAGUGCUUCCAUGAUUGAGUGGGGAGGUGAGGUUGUAAAUUCAGAGUCGGACGGCCGGCACACCUCAACUCAAAUGGGCAGUGGUCGUUUCCCAGAGGAGGGUUUUGGAAAAUCAAGUUAUUUCAGGAACAUUCAAGUUGUUGAUAGCUCCAAUAAUCUCAAAGCCCCCAAAGGGUUAGGCACCUUCACUGAGCAGUCAAAUUGCUAUGAUGUUCAGACAGGAAGUAAUGGGGAUUGGGGUCACUACUUUUACUAUGGAGGACCAGGUUGGGCUGUGGCACUGGUCUAGUAGUAAAUCAUGUGAUGGUCCCUUUUUCUCUCUCUAGUGGCAAGUUUUGACUCUUUGUUUUUUAGUAAAAGAAUCUCUCCAUGUAAGUGGGUGGAUGUGAAGGAAGGAAGCAAGGAAGCAAGGAAGGAAGGAAGUGGCCAAGUUUCUCAAAAGCUUAAAGAAACAGAGGCCCUUUUCUGUUUUAUAACUCUAGCUCUGUACUCUAUUUGUUUGUAUACUCCUUGAUCUCCUUGGAGUUGCUUGUUAGUUGAUG